AAGGCCGAAGAACAUCAAAGAUUGGCCAAGAUUAUCGAGCAAUGGAAUAGCAGUCGACUAGAUCUAUUCGAAAUUUCUCAACCAUCACAGGAUUUAGAAUUCCAUGGCGUAAUGCGAUUUUUCUUUCAAGAAGUUGGUUCUAAAGUUGCCACUAAAUGUAUUCGAGUUUCUAGCAAAGAUCAAUGCGCUGAUAUUAAAGAAACUUUAAUUGAAAAAUUUCGACCCGAUAUGCGAAUGCUAUCGGUCGGAAGUAAUUAUUCAUUAUAUGAGGUGCAUCCAAACGGAGAAGAGCGAAAAUUAGCCGACCACGAGCAUCCGUUGGUAGUACAAUUAAAUUGGAAUUAUGACGAUAGAGAAGGAAGAUUUUUAUUAAAAAAUAAUUAUGAGCCUGAUGAAGGCUCAAACGAUGCUAAUUCAGGUAAACGUAAUAAAACUAAGAACAAAAAAUCGAAAGGCAAGGAUAAAACGAAAGCUAUGAAUCAUAAAGCUAAGUCAUCACCAGCCCUACAAAAUGCUCAACAGGGCCCACCAGGCAAUGUUGCUGGUCAUAACGAUAAAAAUGGCGUAGCAAAAGAACUCUAUCGUGAAGUACCUGAAACGAGUUUCACACGAAGCAUAUCCAACCCAGAAGCAGUUAUGAGACGACGUCGACAACAAAAAAUCGAAUCGAAAUUAGAUGGCGGAGUAGAUGGUCGUCCACCACGAACAGGAACACUUAAAAUUUACGCUAAUACUUUAUUUCCUGAAGUUCCUUAUAAAACUUUAUUAUUUAAUAUGAGUCAUACUACGGAAGAUGUUCUAUUGGAAACAUUAGAAAAAUAUGGACUUGAGAAAGAGGAUCCUCUUGAAUAUUGUAUUGUUUUGGUGAGCAUCGUUAUUCUCAAUGCUUCUAUACUAGAUUACAGUUGCCAAAAACAACGUAUUCUAGACGAUCAUGAAUGUCCACUAGCUGUCGCUUCGAGAUAUCCAGAAGAAUCAAUUAUGUUCCAGCUACGGCAACGACGUGAUGUAAAACAUCUUGUUAAAGAAGAUGAUAGUAAUUACGAAUCCGAUAAUGCUGGCCAAGAUGAUGACUCCGACGAUGAUGAUUUGCCUUAUUUACUUGAAAUUCCACCACAUGGGACAGACGUCAAUUAUAAACCAAGAAUUAUUAUCCUGCGUUCUACUACAACAGAAUUUGGCUCAGGCCAACGACCACCUAAUUGCAGCGGCGACUAUAAUCGGAUAUUGGGCCCCGAUGUCGCAACAAGACAUUGCAUAAUGGCUAGCAUUGAAGGCUACAUUACAGUCACACCAGCUUCUGAAGGUGCGGCUGAAACAUACAUUGAUGGCCAACAAAUUUAUUCCACUACAUCAUUACAACAUGGUAAUCGCCUACGCAUUGGAAGUCUCUUGACAUUUAAAUAUUGCGAUCCUUUAUGCGUUAAUGAAAUUAAUGUUGGGUUUAAGUUAUCACCAUCUUAUAUAUUAUACAUUUCCGCUCGUUAUUUAAUCAAUCCACAAUAUAAACCAGACUUAUCGAUACAACAACGAGAACAACUCAUCGGUAGCAAACUGAAAAAAGUGGCCGGAAUGAUUUGGAACACUGUCAAGGAAAACCCAAAUAAUGGAUCAUUAAUGGCUUUGUGGAUGGCUAAUGCAUCAGAAUUAUUACACUUUCUUAAAAUGGAUGUACACUUAUGUAAUGCUACUUACGAUGUUCAGACUGUUUUAAAACAAGCCGUUGAUAGUACUUUCCGAUGUUUAACUCAAUGUGUUGAGCAAGAGCUAAAUUACGUUAUGCCAGCUUUUCUAGAUGAAUCACAAGAUCAAGGAUAUAAACCCACUAUGUCUGAUAUACUUCGGACGUUGUCAGCAGCGAUACGACUGCUACGAAACUGUGGUGUUAAUGCAGCUUUAACCGUCCAGCUAUUUUCUCAUGUCUUUCAUUAUGUCAAUCGCCUGCUAUUCAACAAAUUAGUUUUAGAGCCAAAAUCAAGGUUAUGUAAAAAAAUUUGGGCUAAACGAAUUAUUAAUCGUCUUGGUUACAUUGAAUCUUGGGCACAUAAAGAAGGCCUAGAAUUAGCCGCUGAAAGUCACUUAGCGCGAAUCUACCAAGCAUUAUUUUUCUUAAAAUCACCUAAAGGAAUCGUUGACUUAGAAGUAACCGUAUCAAGGUGUGCCUUAUUAAACUCUAAACAACUUCGUGUUAUUAUGGACAAUUAUCAACAAUGUAAUGAAAGUAGAGAGGAUAAAAUAUCGCGACAAGCAGCCGAUAAGAUGAUUGCUCUAGCAACUAAUACUGUAGAUGCAAGAUUACUAGCGGAAGGUUUCGAAGUGAAAGUGGAAGAAGAUGGUAAUUUACAGAUUCCAUUCAUAUUACCUGAGGAUGGUUAUACAUGUGAAAUGAUUAAAGGGAUACCGCCUGGCUUGGAAGAUUUCCUAUCUGAAUUUAGUAAAUCUGAUAUUUGCCGACUUACAAGUCAGAGUCGAGCUAGUGGAUCAUGGACUGUUUGGCUACGGGGAUUUGUUGAUAUCGAAUAUACUGAAAGUAAAUAUAAUAAUGUCUCACCUGGAUAUUUACCAGAAAGCGAUUCAGAGGAUGCCGAAAUUGAGUACAUUACCUUUUACAAAGGCGGCGCUAGUCUUGGUCUUAGUAUAGUCGCCGCUAGGGGCACUAAUCAACAAGAGUGUGGAAUCUACAUUAAAUCUGUUGUUAAAGGUGGCAUUGCUGAUAAGGAUGGUCGCUUACAAGCUGGUGAUCAAAUUUUAACAGUUGAUGGACGUAGUUUAAUUGGAAUAUCUCAAGAACAGGCUGCUGAAGUUAUGCAAAGAACUGGUAAUGAGGUUGCAUUGGAAAUUGCUAAAAAGGCCGCGUUAUAUCAUGGAUUGGGGACACUUCUA